AUGAAGAAGUUAUCGUUGAACCCUAUAGAGAAGACCGAGACGCAUGCUGAGUCCGGUGACAAGAAAAGGAAGCAUUCGAAUCUGAAUCAAGCAACAUGCAACACCAAGGGUUCCAACAACAAGAAGCGUGACACCAACCCGCCUCAGGAGGCGAAAACUCUUGCAACUAUGAAUGACGCUCCUGCCAAAAGGUACCUGGGCACUCUGCCCGUUUGCAACAAUUGCAAGCGUCAUCACGAAGGGGUUUGUCGCAUUCCAAAAUGCGACAAGUGUGGAAAGCUGGGUCACCAUACUGAGGAUUGUUGGGGAAAAGGAAAGAACGGGAAUGGAAACCGUAACGGUGCCAGUAAUAGGAAUGAUGGAAAUGGAAAUGGCAAUGGUAAUGGGAAUGGAGCUAGGAAAAACCAUGGAUGCUUCAGUUGUGGAAGCAAGGAUCAUUACAUGAAAGACUGCCCAAAGGGAAACAACGCUCAGGCUCGAGCAUUCGUGAUUAGAGCAAGGAACGCACGCGAGGACCCUAAUGCGAAGUUGUUAGAGGCUGCUCAUUAG